AUGCCACAUGACGCGGUGAAGUGUGGACUCCGAGACCGAACCCUCAAGCCGAUCUUGGCGGUCGAGGCGGAAUUGCUUUCGCCGCAGCACCCACGGCCGAGGGCAGUGAGUUUUCUUCGAAAAGGUCCAGCGGAUUGGGCCCCGACACCCAAAAACGCUUGGAUCCUGUCUGAAUGUAAAGCUGAGCAACGACCUCACGAUGUGUUUCUGGUUGAAAUAAAGUCAUUCAGGCCUUGCUGUCUGUCGGUUUCAUUUCAACCGAACAUUCUGAGCCUACGGAGCGUCGGACAACGCGACUUUGAUCCAGGAUAUUAA